AUGAUAUAUUCUUUAUUCCCCGUUUUUAUUCAAUUUUUAUUCCCUUUUCUUCUUUUUUUCCAGUUAUUCCCGAUUAGCAUACUUGUUUUUCAUCGACAUCAUAAUUGCUCCUGUCGUAUAUUUUUGUUUUCUUCUUUAUUCCUCACCUCCCUCAAUUCCUUGUAUUCUUCAUUUCUUCUCACUCGAUUCCUUUUGUUCUUUUUCAUUCCUCCUCUCAAUAAUUCUUCGUAUUCUUCUUUCUUGCUCCCUCUCCCAUUCUUCGUAAUUUUCUUCAUUCUUUCUUCUCACUUAUUCUUCUUGUUCUUCUUCAUUCGCCCCUUCACAAUCAUUCUCCGUAUUCAUCUUCAUUCUUCCUCUCUCAUAUUUUUCUUAUUCUUCAUCCUUCCUCCCCGCUCUCGAUUUGUAUUCUUAUUCUUCACUCAUUCUCACAGGAUUCUUCAUAUGCUUGCUCAUUUCUUCCUACACUUAUUCUUCGUAUUCUUCUUCAUUCUUCUGCUAAAUCCUUCUUUGUAUUCUUGUUCUUUACCCCCUCGCUCAUUCUUGGUAUCUUUCUUCAUUCCUUCUCUCACUCAUUUUUUGUAUUCUUCUUCAUUCUUCCACCCAUAA